AUGGUCUCCGGGAAUUCAAUCUACCCAGACCGUCUCCAACAGCUGAAGGCCUUCGACGAAUCCAAAGCGGUCAAAGGAAUUGUCGAUGCCGGAAUCACCAAAGUCCAACCAAUUUUCGUUUGGCUGCAGAAAGACGACAAGAUCUACGGCCGACCAACCCAAGCUCAUUUCACUAUCCCAGUCGUCGACCUCGCUGACAAUGCCGGCAGUCAUGCUGAGGUGGUCGACGGAGUCCGAAGGGCCGCAGAGAGUGUUGGAUUCUUUCAGGCGAUGAACCAUGGGAUACUCAAGAGAGUGUUGAACGAGAUGUUGCUGCCGAGGGAGGUAAAGGCCGAGUAUUACAGCAGGGAUCCGAUGAGGAAAGUUAAGUUUAGUAGCUUUAAUCUGUUCGAGUUAGCUAAUUGGAGAGACAGUUUGUAUGUUGACAUGGCUCCAGAGCCUCUUGAUCCUCAAGAACUGCCUAUGGUUUGCAGAGAUAUAACUAUGGAGUACUCUCAACAUGUUUUCAAACUGAGUGUGACUUUGUUUGAAUUGCUAUCCGAGGCGCUUAAGCUCAAACUUGACCACCUUAUAAACUUGGAUUGUGCGAAGGGGCAUUCAUUGCUUAGCCACUACUAUCCACCAUGCCCUGAGCCUGAACUCACCAUGGGCACCAGCAAACAUUUUGAGGCUGCUUUUCGCACCAUCCUACUUCAGGACCACAUCGGACUCCAAAUUCAAUACCAAAACAAAUGGAUUGAUGUUCCUCCUAUGCCUGAAGCUCUAGUGGUGAACGUUGGGGAUUUCUUGCAGCUAAUAUCAAACAACAAGUUCAUUAGCGUUAAUCACAUAGUACGGUCCAAGAAGGAAGGUCCAAGAAUUUAUGUGGCAUGUUUCUUCAGACAUAUUUCACUAGAGAACUCCUCGAGAAUGUAUGAGACAAUCAAGGAGUUGAUAUCAGAAGAAAAUCCCCCAAUUUACCAGAAAACAAGUGUGAAAGAUUAUGUUAGCGGUUACUUCAAAAAAGGGGUUAUCAAUGGGGUGUCAGGACUAGAGUAUUUGAAGUUGUGA